AGUCUCUGUCUGUCGCCCCAGGCUGGAGUGCAGUGGCGCGAUCUCGACUCACCGCAACCAAAAGGAGACAUUUUGACAUGGAGACAUAUACAGGGAAUAUGCCCUGUGAACAUGAAGAUGGCCAUAUGUAAGCCCAGGAGAGAAGUCUGGAACAGACCGUUUCCUCACAGAAGGAACGAACCCUGCCAACAUCUUGCUUUCAGAUGCCCCCAGGAUUGUGACACAAUAAGAUCUGUUAUUGACGCCACCCGGUUGGUGACAUUUAGGUAGAGCAGCCCUAGCAAACGAAUACACCCCCAUUAGAACUAAGCUCCCUGAGAGCGGUAAGCUGCCUUGUCUUGCUCACAGCUGUUCCAGAACACGCCUGUACGGUCACUUAGCACCUAGUACUGCCAUUUAACCGUUUCACUAGUAUGUACGAACCGGAGAGCCUGUCAAGGGAAGAGCUGAAUCUUUUAUCUUUUGUAACGACUACCCAGUAAAGGAAACCGCGGGUAUGCAAUAAAAACCUGUUGAAUCGAUUAAAUCAUUUCACUUAUUUCCAGAUCUUUGCGGAGAGCGCCAGUAGGUGAAAUAUGUGCUGACUGAUGAGUCACAGCUCUUAUUCCCUGGGCUGCAUUAAUACCCACGACGUGCUUUUCGCUCUCCAGACAAAGAGACCGGUACUUGGCAGGUCCCUCAAGUGGGACUCAAAAGACCGAACCGAGCUGCAGCCUUUCGCUAGCACUGGUCCUCGCCCCUUUUGGCAUCUUGGUACUUGUAGUUUUGUCCACUCUAUCUUUACCAGAAAAGCCAGCGCUGAGACCACAACUCCCAUCACCCUGCUAGCACCGGCGCCUUCAGAGCGCAUCCUCCGAGGGGCACCAGCGCCAUUGACCACCCUGCUGGCCGAAGGGCCCGCCUUCCCGAGGCCAGGCGCUCCCGCGAUUGGCCAGCCGCCCCGCCUCUCAUCGGAGGGCGCCAGGUGAAUGAAAGGGGGGCGUGUCGGUGCGCGGAGCUCCGUGGCUGCGCUGCUGGAACCCGCUGGAAGAGAUACAGGUUUACUCUGGAGCAGCAGCAGCUGGCGGAGCAAUGGAGAUGCAAUCCUAUUAUGCCAAGCUUUUGGGGGAGCUGAAUGAACAGAGAAAGAGGGACUUUUUCUGUGACUGCAGCAUCAUUGUGGAAGGGCGGAUCUUCAAGGCCCACAGGAACAUUUUGUUUGCUAACAGCGGCUACUUCCGAGCCCUGCUCAUUCACUAUAUCCAGGACAGCGGGCGGCAUAGCACCGCCUCUUUGGACAUUGUCACCUCUGAUGCCUUCUCCAUUAUCUUAGAUUUCCUCUAUUCUGGGAAGUUGGAUUUGUGUGGGGAGAAUGUGAUUGAAGUGAUGUCGGCUGCCAGCUACCUGCAGAUGAAUGAUGUGGUGAACUUCUGCAAGACAUACAUUAGGUCAUCCCUCGACAUUUGCCGAAAGAUGGAGAAGGAGGCUGCUGUGGCUGCAGCAGUGGCGGCAGCAGCGGCGGCGGCUGCAGCGGCGGCGGCAGCGGCGGCUCAUCAGGUUGACAGUGGAAGCCCCAGUUCAGGCCGGGAGGGUACCUCCUGUGGUACCAAGAGCUUGGUCUCCUCUCCAGCCGUGGGAGAAAAGAGCGUGGACUGCCUGAGAGAGUCCCCUUGCGGUGACUGCGGAGACUGCCAUCCCUUGGAACUGGUGGUGAAAGACAGCCUUGGCGGUGGCUCGGCUGACAGCGACCUCUCUACUCCACCCAAACGGAUAGAGCCCAAGGUGGAAUUUGAUGCUGAUGAAGUGGAGGUGGACGUUGGGGAACAGCUGCAGCAGUAUGCUGCCCCGCUGAACCUGGCCCACGUGGAGGAGGCCUUGCCCAGCGGCCAGACGGUUGACUUGGCUUACAGCAACUACCACGUGAAGCAGUUCCUGGAGGCGCUCUUGCGCAACAGCGCUGCCCCGAGCAAGGAUGAUGCUGACCAUCACUUUUCUCGGAGUUUGGAGGGAAGACCAGAAGGUGCAGGAGUAGCCAUGAGUUCUAUGAUGGAUGUCCAGGCUGACUGGUAUGGAGAGGACUCAGGUGAUGUGCUGGUGGUCCCCAUCAAGCUCCACAAGUGUCCUUUCUGCCCUUACACUGCCAAGCAGAAGGGCAUCCUCAAGCGGCACAUCCGUUCACACACAGGCGAGCGGCCCUACCCCUGUGAGACCUGCGGCAAGAGGUUCACGCGACAGGAGCACCUGCGGAGCCACGCCCUGAGUGUCCACAGAUCCAACCGUCCAAUCAUCUGCAAGGGCUGCAGGAGAACAUUCACGAGUCACCUGUCCCAGGGGCUGCGGCGCUUCGGGCUGUGUGACAGCUGCACCUGUGUUACAGACACACCCGACGAUGACGAUGAUUUGAUGCCUAUCAACCUAAGCUUGAUGGAGGCUUCAUCUGAAAGCCAAGAAAAGAGCGACACAGACAAUGACUGGCCAAUCUAUGUGGAGUCGGGUGAGGAAAAUGACCCCGCUGGAGAUGAUUCUGAUGACAAACCACAAAUUCAGCCCAACUUAUCAGACCGAGAGACACUUACGUAGCAAUAAAUUGGUGGAGAAGAGGUUUUAGAACUUGCUAGUGCUCAUUCUGUUGUUGAAAGAUACCAUUUGUUCAAUUUUGUGGAACGCUGAGAGGAACAUUUUUUCACUGUUAUAUGUGCAUUUUUAUUAGACUAUCUGAUAGAGGUUGGAUUUUGUGACUCAAAGGACAGAUAACCUUUUUGUGUGGUGCCCUUGGUUUCUGAGGGCUUUGCUGGCCACUCCUUAAUUCUGAGUGAAUCAAUGCAGGCCCUGAGGUCUCCUGUUUUUCUUGCUGUGCAUCCAAACUGUGGUUAGGAGAAAGAUAAGAAAAUCUCCACGCUUGUUUUUAUAUUGACUCAGCCCUCUGCAUUCCUUUGUUAUCAUCCUCUUUCUCUAAAAACCAUUAAGUUUUGGGAUCAAGUUUACCUUUGCCAAGCCUUUCCUAAUGAAUUCCACAUUAAAUUUUCUGGCAACGUA